UUUUAGUUUGCUCUGUUUUAUCAUCAUCUGGGGUCUUUUUCAAAAGUGUGUUACUUUUUUUAAAAGAAGAAAAGGAAUUAAAGAUGACAGUUGAAGAGAUCAAAGGAAGUGUUGUAUGUAAUAAUAAAGUUGACAAGUUUCCUAUUGGAAUGAGAGUUCUUGCUGUUGAUGAUAAUCCUACUUGUUUGAAAGUAUUGGAUGGCCUUCUUAGAAAAUGCCAAUAUCAUGUUACAACCACAAAUGAAGCAAUAACAGCACUAAAGAUGUUGAGGGAAAAUAGAAGCAGAUUUGACUUGAUCAUCAGUGAUGUUUGUAUGCCAGACAUGGAUGGUUUCAAGCUUCUUGAACUCGUUGGGCUCGAAAUGGACUUACCUGUCAUCAUGUUAUCCGGAAAUAGUGACCCGAAGCUUGUAAUGAAGGGGGUCACUCAUGGUGCUUGUGAUUAUCUUGUAAAGCCAGUUCGCCUUGAGGAGCUGAGAAACAUAUGGCAGCAUGUAAUCAGGCGAAAAGUUGAGACAAAGUCAAAGUCAAACAAAAAUGAGGGAUCAGAUCAAGGAAAUGAAGGUGGAGAUCAAAUUGUGAGGAUGAAUCGAAAAAGAAAAGAUGAAGACGAUGAUGAGGAUGAUGAAAAUGGAGAUGAUAGUGACGAUACAUCUUUGACACAGAAAAGGCCGCGUGUUGUUUGGUCUAUUGACCUUCACAAGAAAUUCGUCACUGCUGUUAAUCAACUGGGCAUUGAGAAAGCUGUGCCUAAACGGAUUCUUGAUUUGAUGAAUGUGGAUGGCCUUACUAGGGAAAAUGUAGCAAGCCAUCUCCAGAAAUAUAGGCUUUACUUGAGGAGGAUAAGUCAUCAAGCUGACAUGACGGUUGCAUUUGGGGAAAGCAAUGAUGCAUCUUCUUACGUGAGAAUAAACUCUCUUGAUGGACAUGGAGAUUUUCAAACAUUAUCAAACUCAGGAAGAUUACCAAGUAGAGUAUAUGCUCCAUCUGGCAUGCUUGGUAGACUCAACAGUACUAGAGGUGUGACCCUUAAUAGCCUCGCGCCUCCACCAUUAGUCCAACUAAACCACACCCAAAACAAACUACAAGAAUUUGUAUCUUUACAGCCACCAAAUCACCAAAACAUCAAUCUUUUGCCGGGAAUUCCACCAUCUUUUGAUCCUAAUAAUCAACAGUAUGGAAAUAAACCUAAUGCUCAACUCACUAAUUUUGGUUCCAUUGAAGAAUCUCAUAUCUUUUCAGGUACCAAGUUAGCUGCUUUUCCUUCCAUUGAUCAAUCUCGAAUACUUACAGGUUCUAGGACAUUCUCAGAUCCUAGUGCAGUUCUUGCAAGUCAAUCAUCUUUGAAGCUGCCUUCUACAGACUCGGAAUCCUUUAAUCUUCUUUCAAGUGGUUCUUGCUUUCUUGAUCAGGAUUGUCACAAAUCUGCAAGUUUUUCUACGAAUCAAUUUCCAAUUGGUGAAAAUUAUAGCUAUACUAGUGUUGUUUCUAACAUCACCUCUACAGCCACUGUACCUCUCGAGGCUAAUGGUGGUGGUGGUUUUGUCGGUGACAUUGUUCUUAAUGUUAAUCAAUCUUUGCCAAACCAGUACCAAAAAAGUCGGGAUUGUGGUAACCUAGAUUAUAGCCAAUACUCGCAUGAUGCUUUUAGCUCAUCACCGGCUUUGGGUCUAGCUGGUGUUGGUGGUGGUUUAAGUGGUCUUAUGAACCACAGUAGAUCAGAUAGUGGUACUUCAACUCUUGUCCAAAUUCAGAGGCCAAGUAUGCAGUCCAAUGAAGAUUACUUAGUGGACCAGACAAAGCUACAAAGUGGGUUCUUUGCUAGCAAUGGUUAUGGUUCAUUGGAUGAUAUCAUGACUCGAAUGAUGAAAAAGGAUCAGGACCCUACGAGCAUUAUGGCUGGAGAUUUUGGAUAUGAUCAUUAUUUCGAGUCAUGUGUGUGAUAAUUAGUAAGCAUAUGAUUCGUAGAUGAAGAUAAAGUAGUCUGCAGCUGCAACUCUUUAGCUAUAGCAAAUGGUGGAUUUGUAUCUAUAUGAAGUUUGUUUUACUCUCCAUGGAUUUUAUCUGUUUUUUUUUUUUGUUAUUGGUACGAUAUUUAAGAUUAUAUCAAGCUGUCUUGAAUA